AGCAGGAGAAACUUGUAAACUUCUAAGAGCUAAGGCAAGGAAGAAACUGGCAAGCAUAUGCAUAGAUAAAGGAAACAUUGGUCGAGCCAUACACCUGCUUGAGGAAAGUAAAAACAUGUAUGUCGAUUUGUGUGGAUACGAAACUAUUUAUGUGGCUUCUGUGUUAACAAGCCUUGGUCGUGCAUAUCACGAUAUUGGACAAAAUGAUCACUCCAAGAGACUCUAUGAAGAGUCAAUGAAAAUAUGUGCACACAUUACUGAAACAGAAGGACUAAUGUUUUACUUUACCUCACUUUUGGCUCAAACCUUUGCUAGUCUUGGCCGAGCAUAUUUGGAGCCUGGUUAUGUUGAUACCGAGAAAGCUUUGUAAUGAUGUUUGCAACAGAGCCUCAGAAUGCGACGACACAUUUAUGGACACGAUCAUCCUAUCUCAGCUAUGACUCUUACUGCAAGUAGUAGAGCUUACUUGGUCAAUCAACAGCCACUUGUUGCUGAACUCCAGUUACGGGAAGCACUUUGCAUUCAACAGCUAACAUUGCCUGAGAAUCAUUCAGACAAGGCUAUUACAUUAAAUGUAUUGGGUAACGUUGCACAACAAAGAGGCAAUUUACAAGAAGCAGUUUCCCUCCUUGAUUACAGCCUCGAGAUUCGCACCGCAGUCUUUAAUUCUGAUCACCAGGAUAUUGGAUAUUGUAAACAUGAUCUUGCCAUGGCUUUACUUCGGAGCGGCAGAGCUGACUGUGCAAUACCAUUGCUUCAAGAUGCUCUUCGCAUAAAAUGUCAGAAAUUUGGUAAUCAUCAUAUUGAAGUUGCUAUCACAUAUGGCUGUCUUGCUGAAGCAUACAAAGCUAUAGGAGAUUGCAAACAGUCUAAAACAUACCUAGACAACCGUACUGAGAUUAUGAACCAGUAAACUGAUACUCAGCUUUUACUAGAAAUAGAAAGCUACUACAAUUUGUAGUGUGUAAACACUGAUUCCUCUAGUUAGUGUACAAACUAUUGUAUGUAUUGUUGUUGAAAGACGUAUUGUACAAAUUAGGACUACUGUACUGUACUACUCUAGAUAAUGCAGCAUUGUUUACUAUAGUUAGCACAACUUGUUCUGUCAUGCCUCUAUUUAGAUUCUGCAGUUGAAUUAGGAAAAAGAGUGCUUUGUCAACAUCCUGCUCUAAAACCCGAUAGAGUGCUUCUUACUGUACCCAAACAGUUAUACGGUUUAUCAUAUGAACGUGUGUAAAGGUGGUCUUUCAAACCAUACAGCGGGCGUGUGUGUCUGUCAUAGAUAAUCUAGUGCUACAUCACAGUGACCUGUACAUAUAGCAAGGGGUGUUCUAUGGGCGCUAGGCAGCGCGGGUAAACACGACUUACACAAAUUAGAGGCAGAAAUAUGUAUACAAAUACAAUACAAUA